AUGUCUGGAUCCCGGGUCCAGUGUGGUCCUGUUCCGGUUCCGGUUCCGGUUCGUGGCUGCUGCCGUGUGCUGGUGCUGUCUCUGCUGCUGCUUCUGCUGGGCUCGGGUCCCACUCCGGUUCGGACCUCCUUCCAGCCGGCCCUGGUCUUAGCCAUGGCCCGUGUGCUGCUAGAUAACUACUGUUUCCCAGAGAACCUGCAGGGCAUGGAGGAAGCCAUCGGACAGGCGGUGCGAAGUGGUCAGAUCCUGUCGGUGUCGGACCGCAAGGCGCUGGCAUCCGUGUUGACCACGGGGGUGCAGGGAGCCCUGAACGACCCCCGCCUCAGCGUGACCUUUGAACCCAACUACGUUGCCCCGCCGACGCCACCUGCACUCAGCCUGUUGCCGCGGGAACAGCUGGUGCGUCUGGUGCGGAGCUCGAUGCGACUGGACGUCAUGGAGGGCGGAGUCGGACUGCUGCGACUCGACCGGAUACUCGGACGCGAAGCUAUGGCCAGGCUGGGACCCGCUGCUAUGGAACAGGUGUGGAACCGUGCGGCGCGUACGCGAGCCCUCAUCCUGGACCUGCGCCACAGUGUGGGGGGAGAGCUGAGCGGAGUUCCGUUCCUCGUCUCGUUCUUCUGGGAUGGGGCGGAGCCUCCGCUGCUCAUCGAGAGUAUCUACGAGCGACCGGCCAAUCAAACGCGAGAGCUCUGGACCAUGCCCCGCCUACCUGGGCUACGCUUUGGGAAGCGAAAAGAACUCAUGGUCCUUAUAAGUCGGCGGACUAGUGGAGCAGCUGAGAGUCUGGCGUACGCCCUGAAGCACCUGCGGCGCGCCCUGGUGGUGGGAGAGCGCAGCGCGGGCGGCUCCGUCCGGGUCGAUAAGAUCCGCAUUGAGAGCUCCGGCUUCUACAUCGUCGUGCCCGUUGCCCGGGCAACCAGCGCAGUGACAGGGCAGAGCUGGGAGGUGAGCGGCGUGACGCCGUCGGUGGCGGUGCGGGCGAAGGAGGCGUUGGCGAGGGCGAGGGCCCUGAUGGCGGCCAGGGGGGUGAUACCGCGCGCCGUGCAGAGCGUAGCCGAACUCAUCGAGAGGUUCUACGCCGCACGGGACAAGGUGAAGGUCCUGCUGGAGCACCUGCGGAACACUGACUUCUUCGCGGUGACAUCAGAAGAGGAGCUAGCGGCGAAACUGAACUACGAGCUGCAGUCCGUCUGCGAGGACCCACGACUGGUCGUCAAGACAACCAGAGAGUCUUACCCGGGGACCGCCACCGAGGAGCCGGAGCAAACGGACGAGGUGGCGAGAGUUCAGAGCGGCGGCGAGCUGCGCGUGGAGGAUGUCUUCAGUGUGGAGGUGCGCCAUGGCAACAGCGGGUACGUACGUAUCUCCAGACUCCCCGACGCUGACACUCUCGCACGAUUGGAGGAGGACAUGGCGGAGAAGGUCAGAAGCCACACCCAAGAACACCAAAUCAACAACAGAAGCCACACCCACCAACACCAAAUCAACACCAGAAGCCACACCCACCAACACCAAAUCAACACCAACACUAAAACCCUCAAUGUGUGGCGGCCAAUCAAAGACACGGAUCACCUAGUUCUGGACCUCCGCUCUACAGUGGGCGGGCCUUCAGAGGGCCUGCCAAUCAUAUUGUCGUAUCUGCAUGACCCCGCCCCUCCGCUGGCUCCACCAAUCCGCUUCUUCACGCUGUAUGACUCGGUGUUAAACACUAGUCGUGAGUUCCACGCGCUGCCGACGCUGCCUGGCGCCUCCUACGGGUCGCAGAGGGGAGUGUACGUACUGACCGGGUCUAGAACCGCCGCAGCCGGGGAGGAACUCGCAUACCUCAUGCAGUCGCUGCAUCGCGGUACGGUUGUUGGGGAGAUCACCGCGGGCAACCUGAUGCACGCCCAGACGUUCCGCGCCGAGGGCACCUUAGGCAUCCUGGUUACCGUGCCAACCGUCAGCUUCCUGGACAACGCGGGCGAGAGCUGGCUGGGGGGCGGGGUCGUGCCCGACGCCAUCGUAUUGGCCGAAGAGGCAGAGGAGGCAGCCAAUGAAAUCGUCCGGUUCCAUGCGGAGGUGUUUGGCCUAGUUGAGGGUGCAGGCCGCGUGCUGGAAGCACACUAUGCGCUGCCCCUAGUGGCGAGUCGCGUGCGCGGCGAGCUGGAGCAGCGUUGGCAUGACGGCGGCUAUCGGGCCGUGGUGGACUACGAGUCGCUCGCAUCGCAGUUGACCUCCGACCUCCAGGAGUGCAGCGGAGACCAGCGGCUACAUGUCUUCUACUGCGACGGCGAGCCCGAGGGGGGGGGCAGAGACAUGGAGGGGGGACUGGGGCUGGGGUUGGGGAGGGAGGGGGGUGGGAUGGGAGACGCGCUGGUGAAGGUGGACGUGUUCCCGGGGGGCGUGGGCUACCUGCGUGUGGAUAUGAUGUCGGAGUCGGGGCUGAUGCGGGCGCUGGGGGGGGAGGGGGGUGUGUGGAGCCGCCUGCAGGAUACCUCCUCCCUCAUCCUGGACCUGCGCUACAACACGGCCGCCGGCCCCGCCUCCGCCGUCGCCCUAUUGGCCGGCCUGUUCUUCCCGCCGCCGCCGGCCCCGCCCACCCACCUGUACUCGGUGUUCGACCGGGCGUCGGGCAACGUGACGCGCGUCACCACUCCCGGCGGGGGGGUGCGGGGCGGCGGGGUGCGUUACUAUGGAGAUGGGGGCCGGCGCGUGCUGGUGCUGGCGGGUCACAUGACAGGGGCCGCCGGGGAGGCGCUGGCUAAGGUGCUGCAGCAGGAGGGGCGUGCGCGUGUAGUGGGCGAGGGCAGCCUAGGGGGGGCGCUGUCCAGCGGCAUGUACCAGAUCAGCAGCAGCAUCCUGUAUGCAGCCGUGCCCAACCAGGCCAUCCUCAGCCCGGCCAAUGGGGAGCCCUGGAGCCUCGGGGGGGUGGAGCCUGACGUGCCGGCGCAGGGUUCCGAAGCGCUGGCCGUUGCUAGGAGACUACUCACCACCACCACCACCGCAGCUAACCCCAAGCAACCGCUUCCAGACUCCAGUCCUCCAUCGUCGCCAGUUGUCGUCGACGACCACCUCCACCUCCAUCCCGUCCCGCAUCCCGUCGCCAUGGCGCGCUGUGUGUUGCUAGCGGCGACCGUGCUGCUGCUGGCGCUAUCCUGGUCCCCGUACCCGUCGCAGGCCGCCUUCCCGCCCACCCUCAUCAUGGAUAUGGCCAAGGUUCUCCUGGAUAACUACGCGUCUCCCGAGCGUCUUCAGGGCAUGGAGGAAGCCAUCGCGGCGGCGAGCAGCAACACGGAGAUCCUGAGUGUGGAGGAGCCGACGGCGCUGGCCAACAUGCUGACGGAGGGCGUACGCAGCACCAUCACCGACGCCCGCGUGGCCGUCACCUACGAGCCCGGCUACGCCCCGCCCCCCGCACCCCCCUCCCUCGCGCAGCUGCCCCCGGAACAGCUGGCCGCCGUCCUGCAGGGAACCGUCAAGGUGGAAGUCCUAGAGGACGGGGUCGGGUACCUGAGAAUCCAGCACAUCAUCGGGGAAGAGAUGGCUCAACAGGUUGGCCACCUCCUGAUUGAGCACGUGUGGGACGCCAUCCUGCCGACUAGCGCCCUCAUCAUCGACUUCCGCCACGCCACCACGGGUGAAGUGUCUGGCAUCCCCUACACCGUCUCCUACUUCACUGCGCCCGAGCCGCCGCUGCACAUCGACACCGUCUACGACCGGCCCUCCGACACCACCACCGAGCUCUUCAGCAUGCCCACGCUCAUGGGCCAGAGAUACGGCACCGAGAAACCCCUUCUCAUCCUCGUCAGUGAGCACACGGCCGGUAUUGCGGAGGACGUGGCGUACGCGUUGAAGAGUCUGGGUCGUGCCACGGUGGUGGGCGAGCGCACGGCAGGAGGGGCCGUCAAGAUGGCCAAGCUGCCCGUCGGGGACAGCGGAUUCUGGGUCACCGUGCCCAUCGCCAAGUCCACUAGCGCCAUUACCGGGUCCAGCUGGGAAGGAGUGGGCGUGGUUCCUGACGUGGAAGUGGCCGCGGAGGAUGCCCUGGAUGUGGCGCUGAAGAUCCUGAAGCUGCGCGCACAGAUACCCGCUCUCCUGCAGGGGGCAGCAGCGCUGGUGGCACAGAACUACGCAUUCGAGAACGUCGCAGCAGAGGUGGCCACUAAGUUGGCGGGGCGAUCCACUGACGGCAGCUACGCGAUGGUCAACACCAAGGAGGAGCUGGAGGUGAAACUGACGGCCGACCUCACCGAGCUGUCGGGAGACAAGAGCCUGAGGACUACCAGCAACACACCAGCACUGCCCCCCAUGAACCCGACUCCUGAGAUGUUCAUUGCGCUGAUCAAGCAGUCGUUCCACACGGAGGUCCUGGACCACAACGUGGGCUACCUGCGCUUCGACAUGUUCGGAGACUUUGAGCAGGUGCAGGCGGUGGCGCAGGUGAUCGUGGAGCACGUCUGGAACAAGGUGGUGGACACCAACGCCCUCAUCAUCGACCUCAGGAACAAUGUGGGCGGGCCCACCACGGCGAUCGCAGGUUUCUGCUCGUACUUCUUCGAUGCCGACAAGCAGAUCGUUCUGGACAAGCUGCACGACAGGCCAACCGGAGCCACCCGCGAGCUCGUCACCUUGCCACACCUAACAGGUAAGCGUUUCGGCAGCCACAAGAGCCUGAUGGUGUUGACCAGCUCGGUGACGGCGGGCGCCGCGGAGGAGUUUGUUUACAUCAUGAAGCGUCUGGGGCGCGCCAUGAUCAUCGGGGAGACCACGGCCGGAGGCUCCCACCCCCCCGAGACCUUCCGCGUUGCCGAUAGCGACCUGUUCCUCAGCAUCCCCAUCACGCGCUGCGACGGCGGCCAGGGCCCCACCUGGGAGGGGGCAGGGGUGGCACCGCACGUCGCAGUGCCCGCCGACACUUCCCUCGACACUGCCACCGGCAUAUUCAACAAGCAAUGCAGUGGAGCGUAG